GUUUUCAUGGUCCUCUGUUUUCAUGGACACUCGAUUACUCACUGGGAAGAUGUUCAAGCUCUCAAACAGUUCAUUAAUGGCGUCCAUUCCGACUCCAUGGCUCCUGGCUCCUGUUUAGCUUCCUGGGAUUUCUCCGUCGAUCCAUGUGACUCGCUUUCCGGCGACAAAUUCACCUGCGGUAUACGAUGCGACGUCGUAAUCUCCGGCGUUACCCGGGUCACCGAGCUCACUCUCGACCAGGCCGGUUACACCGGUUCACUCGCCUCCUCAUGGAACCUUCCUUACCUUCAAACCCUAGACCUCACUAACAACUACUUUACCGGUUCGAUUCCCGGUUCGUUUUCCCGGUUAACUCGUUUGCAGCGGCUCAGUCUGUCCUCUAACUCGCUCAACGGCUCAAUCCCUGACUCGGUUGGGGCGUUUCCUGACUCACUCGAAGAGCUUCUUCUCGACAACAACAAUCUCCAGGGUCCCAUCCCACCAACUUUUAACAGUCUUACGAGUUUAAAAAGGCUCGAGCUCCAAGGUAACAGACUCAGCGGUGAGUUCCCCGAGUUGAGUCAACUCAGUAACCUUUACUUCCUCGACGCCAGCAACAAUGCCAUUUCCGGCGAACUUCCCUCGACUUAUCCCGGCAACCUCAUCGAACUAACCGUCAGAAACAACUCACUACAAGGGAAUAUUCCGGCGAGUUUACUCAAUAACUCGGUUUAUCUCCAAGUAUUAGACCUGAGUUACAACAAUCUCACCGGAACCCUUCAGCCUGAGCUUUUCACCCACCCAUCUCUAGAACAGCUCGUACUAGCAUACAACCGGUUCCGGUGGGUUCAAGUUCCGGGCAAUUGGGGGCGGAACAGCGAGCUGAUAGCCGUCGAUUUGAGUAACAACGAUAUCCAUGGGUUCUUACCCGGGUUCUUGGGUUGGAUGCCGAAGCUAUCGGCUUUAUCUUUGGAAAACAACAAGUUUUCCGGUAUGAUUCCGACGCAGUAUGCGUUGAAGGCGGUGACGGCGAGUCCUGCAGGAGUGGCUCCGUUUGAAAGACUGUUAUUGGGUGGGAACUACUUGUUCGGGUUGAUACCGGGUCCGUUUUUGCAGUUGAAAUCCGGGUCGGGUGUAACGAUCCGAUUAGGGGAUAAUUGCCUGUACGAAUGCCCACAGAGCUUUUACUUCUGUGGAGGAGGGGUACAGAAGAGUCUGGUGGAAUGCAAGACUUUUAGCCCAGUAAUUCCGUGAGUGGGGUUGUAAUUGUACCCUCUAUAAUUCAAAUUUUAUUUGGUUUCUA